AUGGGUAAGAAAGGUGGAAGAGCCGCGCAAAACUACGGAAAGCAUCCGUUCUUACUUUCAGCGGAUGAGAUCAUUCGCCAGCUUGAGACCAACGUCGAUUCCGGCUUGACCAGUAUUCAAGUGCAACAAUACCAAGAGAAAUAUGGCCCUAACAGACUAGAGGGCGAUGGAGGAGUGUCCUGGUAUACCAUUUUGGGAAAACAGAUCUCGAAUGCUAUGAUAUUGGUCCUGGUGCUCGCCAUGGCACUGUCUUAUGGUGUGGAAGACUUCGUCGAAGGAGCCGUCAUCACGGCAGUUAUUGUUCUGAAUGUCCUGAUCGGAUUUUAUCAGGAAUUCCAGGCGGAGAAGAAAAUGGACGCUCUUCGAUCGCUUUCAUCACCCUCCGCCGCCGUUGUUCGUGACGGCAACGAGAUGACUAUUCCAUCUGGCGAAGUCGUGCCGGGCGAUGUUGUUUCCAUCAAAACUGGUGACACCGUCCCGGCCGACUUGAGAUUAUUCGAAGUCAUGAACUUGGAAUGUGACGAAGCAAUCUUGACGGGAGAAGCCCUUCCCGUGGCCAAAGAAGUCGAAUUCGAGGCGAGGCACGGUACAGUCAAAGAAGACCUUGGACUGGGAGAUCGACUAAACAUCGCCUACUCGUCGUGCACCGUCACCAAAGGCCGUGGUCGUGGUGUCGUCGUCUACACCGGCAUGUCCACCGCGAUUGGAGGGAUUGCCGCGACGAUGCAGAGAAAGAUACGCAAGCCCAAUCGAUCAAUGUCGAGAAAGAAGUAUGGUCCAAUGCAGCCCGUCAAAGGAGGUGUGCUCCGUGUUUGGGAUGGAAUUCUCAAAUUCCUUGGUCUCACAGAGGGCACACCUCUCCAGAUCAAACUCAGCAAAUUGGCCUACGUCCUCUUUGGUUGCGCGAUUCUCCUGGCCAUGAUUGUCUUUGGUGUCAAUCGAUUCAAUGUCACCAAUGAAGUUGCCAUUUAUGCCAUCUCGACCGGAAUUGCCAUCAUCCCCGAAUCUUUGAUUGCCGUUCUGACCAUCACCAUGGUGGUGGGAAUGACCCAAAUGCGAAAGCGAAUGGUCGUCGUCCGACAACUUAGUGCUCUUGAAGCGCUUGGAGGUGUCACAAACAUCUGCUCGGAUAAGACGGGAACACUCACACAAGGAAAGAUGGUCACUCGAAAGGCAUGGAUUCCCGGAGUGGGUAUCUACAGUGUCGAAAACUCGAACAACGCGUCCGACCCCACCGAAGGAACCAUCACCUUUGGCAAAGCUCCCCGAUCUCGAAAGGAAGUGGAGGCAGAGAAGCUCGCCAGACAAGAAGAGCUGGAUCGCAAGCGAAGUGUGGCCGGCGUCGCUUUCGAUGUGCCAGCGGAAAAGCUUCGUAAGGACACCGAAAAGGUGGCGUCAGAGGAGAAGAGCGUCAUCAAAGAGAAUCCCGAAGCCACGCCCGAGCUCCAGGCAUUUCUCGAAUCCGCUGCCCUGUGCAACUUAGCCAUCAUUCGCAAGGUGACGGAAGAUGGCCAAGAGAAAUGGAAGACCGCUGGUGAUCCGACCGAAAUUGCUCUCCAAGUAUUCGCCCACCGGUUCCAUUAUGGCAAGAAGACUCUCGAAGAACAAAAGGGAUGGUCCCAGAAGAUGGAAUUCCCAUUUGACAGUUCCAUCAAGCGUAUGUCCGUUGUGUAUACCCAACCCGCCGAGGACCGUUCCAUCAUCUUCACCAAGGGUGCCGUCGAACGUAUCAUUGAUCUCUGCACGUCCGCUGGUGUCGGUCAAUAUGAGCAAGAGAUGACGCCCGAGCUCAAGGAAAGUAUUCUCGAACAAAUGACCUUCCUGGCCGAACAGGGUCUCCGUGUCCUGGCCAUCGCUCGAAAAUUCACCCAAAUGGAUAUUGCAGAACACUCGGAUAUCGACCGUGCCGAGGUCGAGAAAGAUCUUUGCCUCUUAGGCCUUGCUGGUCUUUAUGAUCCUCCUCGACUCGAGACCAAAGGGGCCGUUCAAGCUUGUACCACCGCAGGUAUCACGGUGUCCAUGUUGACUGGUGAUCAUCCUUCAACCGCCACCGCCAUUGCGAAAGAGGUGGGCAUCAUUCCGAAGAACAUGGGGACCCUGGCCCCCGACGUGGCUGCCGCUAUCGUAAAGACAGCCGCUGAAUUCGACAAAAUGACUGACGCGGAAAUCGACGCUCUACCCACACUCCCCCUCGUCGUCGCCCGAUGUGCUCCCGAGACCAAAGUCCGGAUGAUCGAAGCCCUUCACCGUCGCCGCAAAUUCGCCGCCAUGACCGGCGAUGGCGUCAACGACUCCCCCUCUUUGAAACUGGCCGACGUGGGAAUUGCCAUGGGUCUGAACGGAAGUGACGUUGCCAAAUCAGCCUCCGAUAUCGUCUUGACCGACGAUAACUUCGCCAGCAUCGUCAACGCUGUUGAAGAGGGACGACGUAUGUUCGACAACAUUCAGCGCUUCGUCUUGCACCUCCUCACGUCCAACGUCGGCGAAGUCAUCCUCUUGAUCUGCGGUCUAGGCUUCCAAGACGAGUCCGGUUUCUCCGUCUUCCCUCUCUCCCCACUCCAAAUCCUCUGGAUCAACAUGCUCACCUCGUCAUUCCCGGCCUUUGGACUCGGUCGAGAAAAAGCCUCCCCCGACGUGAUGGAACGCCCCCCACACGAUAACAAGAAGGGCGUCUUCACAUGGGAACUCAUCACUGAUAUGCUCGUGUACGGCACGAUCCAAGGAACCUGCUGCCUCAUGACCUUCGUAUUUAUCGUCUACGGACCCGGCCGCGACGGCCUCGGCGUGGACUGCAACCGCCACUACAGCGACAGCUGCGACGUUGUCUUCCGCGCUCGUGCCGCCGUCUUCGCCGAACUCACCUGGCUCAUCCUGAUCUCGGCAUGGGAAUUCAAAGCGAUGCGCCGCAGCAUGUUCAAAAUCAACCCACACGACACUCGCGCAUUCCCUUUCUUCGCCGAUAUCUGGGAGAACCAAUUCCUGUUCUGGUCCGUGGUUAUUGGGGCCGUGUCCGUGUUUCCUGCCGUCUAUAUUCCUGGCUUGAAUACGAGCGUCUUCAAACACAGAGGAAUCAGCUGGGAAUGGGCACCGGCUAUCGUCUGUGUCUUUGUCUUUGUGUCGGGCAUGGAGGCGUGGAAGUACAUCAAGCGUGCGACUGGCUGGUUCAAGGAGGAAGAGACAGAGGGUAUGAAAGCCAGGAGACACCAGCGUACCGCGCUGGGUUUGAAGCAGGGCUUCUUCACCUUGGCGAGAAGCUUCACUAAGAGUCGAUCCAUGGAAAAAAGAUCUAUGACGGAGCAGAGUGAGCAGAGCGUGCCUGGAAGAGGAAUUCUGCCACGAGUCAGGGAGGAAGCUUAA